GUCAUUUGAAUCCUUUCUUAGUUCUAAACAUUAUCAAAUUCUCUUCCCCACUGCAUAAUGCUGCUCCACUACCUUGCACCGUUCUUGCUACUCUGCGCCGUCGUUCAGGUGGCCGUAGCCUUCACCGAUGGUCUAUUAUCAAACGGGAACUUCGAGCUCGGCCCGAAACCCUCCGACCUAAAAGGCACGAGGGUAACCUCCAAGCACGCAAUCCCCGCCUGGGAAGCCUCCGGCUUCGUCGAAUACAUCCCCUCUGGCCACAAGCAGGGCGACAUGCUCCUCGUCGUCCCCGAGGGCGCCUUCGCCGUCCGCCUGGGCAACGGGGCCCGCAUCAAGCAGAAGGUCGCCGUCCAAAAGGGACGGCACUCUCUCACGUUCAGCGCGGCGCGGACCUGCGCGCAGGACGAGAAGCUGAACGUGUCGGUGACGCCGGAGUCGGGGAUACUGCCCAUGCAGACCAUGUAUAGUAGCAACGGGUGGGAUUCGUACGCGUGGGCGUUUAGGGCGGCGGUCGGAGAGGCGGAGGUUGCGAUCCACAACGUUGGGAGGGAGGAUGAUCCGGCCUGUGGGCCGCUUAUUGAUUCGGUGGCGAUGAAAGAGCUUACUCCGCCUAGGAUUACUAACAAGAACCUCCUAAAGAACGGCGACUUUGAAGAAGGCCCCUACAUAAUCCCGAACACAACAUGGGGAGUCCUAAUCCCACCCCACAUCGAGGACGACCACUCCCCUCUUCCCGGGUGGAUGGUCGAGUCCCUCAAAGCCGUCAAAUACAUCAACUCCCCUCACUUCUCCAUCCCCCGCGGCAACCGUGCAGUCGAGCUCGUCGGAGGCAUGGAGAGCGCGAUCUCCCAAAUCGCACGAACAAUCCCAGGCAAAUCCUACGCCCUCACUUUCUCGGUCGGCGAUGCCAGCAAUGCGUGCGAGGGGUCGCUGGUGAUCCAGGCUUUCGCCGGGAAAGAGAAGAUGCACGUUCCGUAUGACUCGAAGGGGAAGGGAGGGUCGAAGCGCGCUGUGUUGAGGUUUACUGCGAUUUCGACUAGGACCAGGGUGGUGUUCUUGAGCACGUAUUAUAGUACGAGGAGUGAUGAUAUGAGCUCGCUCUGUGGGCCGGUGCUCGAUGAUGUUGCGCUUAUUAGCGUCAGGCGCUAAAAUGUUUUUGGUUUGGUGUGGAGUUUUAUGGGAGUUCGUUGUAUUCUUUGUUCGUUGAAAGAUGUUUAAUGUAAUUCUACUCUAAUUUAGAUUGCUAAGGUGUAAUAGAGUUUUCGAGUAUCACUAUUAAUCAAGAUGGUUAGAUUUUUUUUUU